AUGGCCCAGCAGGCAAGGCCUCAGAACGAGGUGCUACAGGCCACACGGCCAUAUGCAGCCCAACAGGAGGCACCACCUCAAGGGAUCCGGCUCAAAGACGUCCGGCGGAUGAUCGAAGACGGCCUAGCUCAGAGGCGGCCGGACAUGCCAAGAUAUACGAGGCCGUACUCGCCAGAAAUUGACUGGAUCCCCCUUCCCCGAAACUAUCGAUUGCCAGAGUUCAUGCUUUUUUCUGGGGAUGGGCAGACCUCGUCCAUUGAACACAUCGGCCGUUUCACGGCCCAGUGUGGAGAGGCCGAUUCGGACGCUCAGAGACUCCGACUUUUUGUUCAUUCGUUGACCGGCGCGGCAUUCUCAUGGUUUAUAAACCUUCCGCCGAACUCAAUAAGGGAUUGGUCUGAUAUGGAAAGGAGGGAGUUCGUCAAGAUGGCCGAGGAAGGAUUGGAAUUCGAAUACCGGAAGAAAUUCCAGGGGAUCGAAUUUCGGGACAUGCAUGACUUGACCAACAAGGUGGACAGAUAUGCGUCCUUAUUGAAAGAGGAGAUGCAGAAGAAGACGGCCUCAAAGGGAACCUACUAUAGGAAUCCCAUCAUCAGCUACGCCGAAGCAGACGGCUCCGCAGAGGCCGAGGGCGAUGAGGUCGAGAUGAGCUCGGCCGAAGUCAGCAUAGACAAACCCUUCGUUUGCAGAGGGCUUGCUAAAACUGACAAUAGCCUCACAAAGAUCCCCGACGCCAGUUUCCGGAGAAGGCGGCCAUGCAGGUCGACUUCAAGCCGUCCCCUCCACCUGUCGUGA